CUAAGCCCGUCGCAAGUGCGCUGUGGGGAUUCCUGGAGCCGUGACCACUUACACUACAACCACCUAUCUCCAUUAUCCAUCAUCUCAACAACUUUACACCUCACCUCCUAUUGAGACAUCUUUCAUUUCUUGUGUUCACCUGUCUUUGUAAUCUAUCGAGGUAUUUAUCCAUCGGAAAUAAACAUCGACGAGACACAUUCUGCUUUCCUAUCGUCCUUAGUCGUAGCCCAAAACAAACAACAAACCAUGGGUGCGAGACGGAAACGACCAACCUCGACCUGUCGCUCUGCCGGCAGAGUAACAGCUCAACUACUCCUUUCAUUCCUCGCCAUAUCUUCUUCUCCAGCUGCUGCUACUAUCCAAAACGCAGGGGCAAUAUACCCAGAUACACCGAUACUUACACCUCUGAUACCUGAACCGCCGCAACCGGCCGAACACACCUUCACCCUACGUCACAUAUUCCAUCACGGGACGUAUCGACAUCCCGGGCUUCAUCGAAGGAAGGAUAUACUCGAACCGGAAGCUGAAGUAUGGCUGGCUGGUGAAAAUGGACAAGAGGCGGAGCGAAUAUUACCCUUAAAGGCGAAGAGCCAGCCUCGGAAGAUCGAACGUCUCGUUGACCGACGGCCGAGUACUGUGGAUCCGCUAGUCGCCGAGGCUCGCGAACGAGGUUAUAUUAUCGCGAGUAGUCCAUCCGCAUGGACCGUCGACGAUGUCUCGGGCCCCGAUGUUACGGAUAAAGCAACCGUUUUGAGUAUGGCAUUUGUAGCUUCCAACGCUUACGUGGAGAAACCCGGAAUGCCAGAUUGGGACGAAGUUGGAGAGCCAUUCAAUCGAAGCGCUGAUUUCGGCUGGGAGACUGAUGGACUAAGAGGUCACAUUUGGGGGGAUGAGACGAAUUCCACGGUUAUCAUUGGUCUGAAAGGAACUUCGCCAGCAGUUUUUGAUGGAGAGGGCACGACUACUAACGACAAAAUCAACGACAACCUCUUCUUCAGCUGUUGCUGUGCUCAGCAAGGCCAGUGGUCGUGGCAUCAGGUCUGCGAUUGCGCGACAGGGACUUAUAGUUGUAACAACACGUGUGUAAAGAAGGCGCUGCGUGAGGAAAAUAGGUACUACCAGGCAGCACGUGAGCUUUAUGCAAACGUCACGGAACUGUAUCCAGAGUCAAACAUCUGGGUUGCUGGUCAUUCAUUAGGUGGAUCGGUUAGCUCUCUCCUCGGGUUGACCUAUGGGCUUCCCGUCGUUACAUUCGAGGCUGUUCCUGAGGCAUUAGCUGCUGGAAGAUUGGGUCUCCCAGUUCCUCCGCACGCAAACCCUGAAUAUCCUCAAACCCGCGAAUACACAGCGUUGUACCACUUCGGGCACACAGCUGAUCCUAUAUAUAUCGGCACGUGUAACGGUGCAACAGCUUCGUGUUCAUUCGCGGGUUACGCAAUGGAGUCCGCAUGUCAUACUGGUCAUGAGUGCACAUAUGACACGGUCGCGGACCACGGCUGGCGAGUAGGUAUUGGGACUCACAAGAUCCGAUCAGUGAUCAACGACGUCAUCAAGAAAUACGAUACCGUUCCAGAAUGCAAGUUCACUCCGGAAUGCCGGGAUUGCGGGGGUUGGAAGAUGUAUGAAAGUAAUAGUACAGAUGGAACAACAUCCUCAAGCAGCUCUAGUACAAGUUUUACUCGUACUCGAACCGCCACCUGCCAGACUCCUGGAUGGUGGGGCUGCCUUGACGAGACUACGACAACAACUGGAACCACUACUUCAACCAGUAGCAGUUCAACCUCUACAUGCAAAACUCCCGGUUGGUUCGGCUGCAAGGAUCAAACAACUACUAGCAUCACCACCACCACUACCUCUACUAUCACAACUACGACUACUACGUGUGAGACGCCAGGUUGGUGGGGUUGUAACGAUAAGACGACAACGACAACAAGUACCUCGACGUCACUGCCACAAACGCAAUCUCAUCUCAUCACUUCGCCCCCCUCUGUGCCCUUUCCUACUGCCAACCCAGAACCUGAGCCAACGGGAUCGCCAAGGUCUCAUUGCGUUCAUCGCAACUGGGUUGGAAUGUGCAAGGAAUGGGAGAAGGAACAAGGUGACGAUGCAGAUGCCGCAUGGGCAAACGACGAGAUGUAAAUCAGUACGCUGUCACAAAUUACCUGCCUUUUUAUUAGAAGCAUAUAUAGCUUGCUUUAGCUGGACUAGAUUGGGAUAACAUCAUGGGUAUGCAUGUUGGCGUUUUAUUAUUUUGGAUCGGACCGCAUUAUGCUUUCAUCACUUUCAAAUUCAUUUUCGGCGCAGAUGUUGAUAUUGGUGAAGUAGAGUUUUCAUUGUCGCUAUCGAGAUGAUGUGACACGAGCAUUGAGCAAGCAUACAUAUAUACAUCUUGUCUAUACUGUUACUAUAACCUACAACUAUACCUAGCGGCGUAUCAACACUGCUGUACAGGUCAUGUAUUGAGAUAUAACCAAAUAAAAAAUUUUUUUUGUAAAUU